AUGAGCAAAAAUGUGAGUUUCUCUUUUUUUUUUUCAUCUACGAAAUCAAUUUAUUUAUGAUUUUCAAUGUUUUGCUUCAUUUUAUUUUUCUAAUUUCAGGAUGGAGAAGAAUCGAAUUUCAAUUUCGGUGAUUAUUUGAAGGACGUGGAGACAAAAAUUGAAGAGUAUAAAGAAGCAAACAAAAUAAUGACUGAAAGAAUGAAUUCGCUGGGCGAGAUGAGCACAACUUCGGAUGAAACUGAGGUCUUCUUUUUUUUUUGCUAUUUGAAACAAAUCACGGACCUUUCUUAUGAAGAAAUUUGAAAGAAACAAAGAAAAAAAAAGCGAAAAUCAGAAAAAUGACAAAGCGUGUUCUCCAUAGAGCAACUUUACUGCAAACGCCUUUUGGCGGGAAUUCAAGCUUUUUUCUCUCCGUUUUCAAAUAAUUUUUACUGGGAAAUUGAAUAUUCAGUUCAUUUUGAAGUAUGCCGUUCGACAGGCAAUGAAGAGUUUUACAAAAUGGAAAAUUUGUUUCAAACCACGUUUUUUUUACUGCCGCUAUGUCUUUAACUUUUCACAGCUUCCAUCGCUGUUUUAGCCAUUUGUCACACCGGCUCUUCCGUGUAAGCUUUUAGACGUGUUGAAGGCAGACUGUCAUGAAGUCUUUAUUCGUGAGCCUCACACGCGUGUGGCCAAGACGCGUGCCGGGGAACCAAGUGAGAUACAGGCGUGUCUGCCGGAGCAAUUACACGCCGAGAGCAUCGUUCACACAUGAAUACAAUAGAACGGAGAGAGAUAGUAUUCCUACUGUAACAUCCCGCUUUCCCUAAAAAGCUUCGUCCCGGAGCUUGUAUUGUUAGACAAUUGAACUAAGUAGGACUGAUCUUUGGGAAGAGUCUCACAAAUUAAGAAAGUCGAUACGAAAAUGGGUGAUCCGGAAGAAAAUUACGAUAAUUGGUAGAGUUACAAUAGAUACAUGAACGAAAAUUGGCUGCAAUGAAGUCAAACACAACAACACGGUCUACUCGUCAACAGAUAGAAUUACACAACGAUUUAGUCGCAUGAAUUUAAUCUAGUGGCCCUGUAAAAAGAACAAGGCACCAUGCGCAUCCGGUCAAAGAAGUGGUAAUACAUUUAAAUCGAGGAAAACUAUUUUAAAUAAACUACAUCGGUGGGCAGAACGACAGUAAAAACCGAGCCAGACAGCGGAAAAAAAAAACCAACAAUUGAACUAUAAUAUACGGUCAGAAUCGACAUAUAAGGGCUCCCUAGGCCUCGCGAUAACACUGAAUCUCAUCCCUCCUUCCCAUCCGUUAAAUCGCGUAAUCAAAAUGAAUCAAAUGAUGCUCAAUGAUCAAUAUACUUGUACAAAAUGUCGAUGAAGUCGUCGCUGUCUGGGACCGGCUCGGGUUGCGGCUUCUGGCUUCGUAGAGCUUCGCAAGCGAAAAAUCAGUGGGUCGUUGCCAAGGUUGAACCGAACAAAAUAAGAAUAACUGCGGACGAGUAGAAAAAGGCGAGUUCGUCGUGGAAUUUCACCACGAAAAGCGGCUGGGAAGAAGAGAUAGAAAUGGUGAAGCCACAGCGGCUUAUUCUUCGGUCGGGACCUCCAUGUUACACCGGAAGGGUCACCGGCUCUUGCGUGUAAGCUUUUAGACGUGUUGAAGGCAGACUGUCAUGAAGUCUUUAUUCGUGAGCCUCACACGCGUGUGGCCAAGACGCGUGCAGGGGAACCAAGUGAGAUACAGGCGUGUCUGCCGGAGCAAUUACACGCCGAGAGCAUCGUUCACACAUGAAUACAAUAGAACGGAGAGAGAUAGUAUUCCUACUGUAACACAUUCAUUUAGGUCAAAAGAUAAUUUUUCUUUGAAAUUCUCCACAAUAGAGAACACAAAAUCAGUUGAAAAAUCAAAAAAGUGAUGAAUACUACUGAUAUAAUCGAAAAACAGUUGCAGAUCGUGGAAGCUGGCGAGGAAUCGAAAUCAAAGGAGGAGUAUUUCAAUUGGCUCGAUGAAAAUCUGCGGGCACAAGGUGUUCAACUUUUCAAAGAGAAGAACGAGCUGACAAAACUAAAAGAAAAGUUGAAAGCGAAUGAAGAAAGUUUGGAGAAGGUUUUCAAGGAAAAUCGAGAGAAAAUCGAAAAAACCGAGAAAGAACUCGCCGAAAAAGAUGCAGCUUGCGCAGCUCGAGAGGAUUUGCUCAGAAUGGAAAAAUCGAAGCAUGAGAUCCAGGUCAAAGAAGAUCGAAAAUUAGCGGGAUCUAUAAAAGAAGAAGAGAAGAAACUUCUCAAGGCAAAGGAGAAAUUGAAAAUUAACGAGGGAGCUUUGAAACAAUUUGAGACAGUUUUACUUCAAAAGGAAUCACAACUAGCUCAGUUGACCACUGAACUGACGGAAGGGAAGAAAAAGCUGUCGGAGGACCGGAAAGAUUUCAUCAAAAAAUGCGAACUUGUGGUGAAAACCGAAGCGAGGCUAAACAGCCUGGAGAAUACGCUGAAUGAGAGAGCAGAACAGUUGAAAAAAGACGCGCUUCGGAAUCAGGAAAACGUCAAAUCCAUUUGGAGUCAACAGGACCAGCUCUUAGAUCAGUGGGAGAAGCUGAAAAUUGGAACCGACACGGUUGAGGCUCAGACGGAGAAGCUACAGAAACAGUUCGAAGAGGUCAAAAAAGUGGUUUCUGAAGCAAGAAAAGUGGAAGCACACUACAAACCGAUAGAACAAGAUUUGGAGAAACGGAAGGUCGAAUUGGAACGGGAGAGAUCGGAAAUGCUCAAGGAUUUUGAAAGGCGAGAGGCAAAAAUCAAAGGCGAUCUUGAAGCGAUGAGAAUGGACAAGGAAAUGGUUGAGAAGGAUAAAGCCGACUUGAAAAGGAAGUACGAGGCUCUAGAAGAAGAGAAGGAAAAACUGAACUCGGGCUGGAAGGAUGUUGAAAACGAGAAGAAAGACGCAACCAAGAAACUCGCAGCUGCUCACGAACUUUUCUCCAUCGCCAUGAAAAAAAGCGAAGAGAACAAGGCUAAGGAGAAAGAAGUACAACAGCUGAAGGUCGACUUGGAUGGGGAAGAAUCCAGAAUCGUUCAAAAUCAUCGACAGCGAGAGGCGAAUCUGAGAAGGAACGAAGAACAAAUGAAGCGAAAGACUGAAAAACACCAACGAGAACUGGAAAGGCUCCGAGACUGGGAAGAAAGACUCACAAGGAGAGAAGAGGAAAGGCAACGGAAUGAAGUACGAGUGAUCCCUGAAGCGAGUAUAGUUCCUCAACUUCGAGAGUCGUCUUUCGACUACGCGGCGCGGAACAGGAUAAAAACGGAAGAAACUCGGCAAAGGCUGCAAGAAGAAAGAGAAGAGCGAGAAAGAAAAAGAAAAGAGAAAAAUCGCGAGCUGGAAGCAUUGCAAGAAGAAGGAAGGAGGAUCGACGAGGAGAACGAUCGGAGACUUGCUGAGCAACUCGCGAAACAGGAAGAGAAUGACAGAUUGGAAGAAGAGAGGCGUCGACGUGAAGCAGCGGCAAGAAAGGAGGCAAGUGAGCGAGAAGAAGUCCGACGAAAUCGAGAAGCGAGGGAGCAGGAAGACCGGAUUGCUCAAAUGAACAGGAAUAUGAAAAAAAGCGAGAAGGAAUCCGCGACAGAGAAACCCACGGCCACUCAAGAAUUUUUUUCCAGUGCUUUAGAAAAAAGCGAUGAGAGUAUGGUGAAGGAAAAAGAAAUUCAACAACCAAAGGCCGAUUUGGAACUGCAAAGAUCGACGAUGCUUCCAAGCCGAGAGCCCAGAGCCAGAAGCCAAGAAAAAAGUAUCCACGUUAUGAACUUCGCGCGUCGAAUAAAUCCAUCGACCAUGUUUGGCGCACGUUCUCCAAACCCCACAAUCCGUCCGUUACCACCCCCGUACGCUUAUCGAAACAAUUCUGGAUUUGGCCAAUCGUCAAGUUAUUCUAG